GAAAAAUUGCACAAGGCCAAGAAUCUGAAAAUAGGAAAAUGACAUAUAAACAGUUUCUUUCUUUAUAGGAAUAGUUAUUUUCAAUAUUAAUUUAAGGUUUUUUGUAAAUUUGCUCUGUCUUUACAUAUACAGAUGUGAAGAUAUACAUACAGAGAUAUAUCUCUCUUCUCCUCCACAUCUGGGGUUGCUCUAAAAUCCAGUCUUGAUCAACAUUCUUACCCCAGAAGUGUAAGGGAAAAUUUUGAGUAUUUCAAGAUUUUCCUGAUAUAAUUUUAUCAGUUUCCUAACAUACAGGUAACUGAUAAGGAUUAGGAACCAUGAAGCAUAAAGAUGGAAAACCAUAUCAAUCAGAUAAAAGUUCAUGGAAAGUUCCCAUGGCAUUAACAGUUGUGGUAUUGUGUGGGCUUUCUUUUUACCUCGGAGGAAUUUUUUGCUCCGAAAAGGAGAGAUAUGUAGCUGAGAAUGUUAGCAAAGUAGUUGAAACUCCCAGUGGAACUGCUACAAGGGCUGUUCAGGUCAAAGCGAUUUCCUUUCCCGAAUGCAGUGCUGACUUUCAGGACUAUACUCCAUGCACAGAUCCAAAGAGAUGGCACAAAUAUGGUAAACAUCGGCUAACUUUCUUGGAACGCCAUUGCCCUCCUAGUUUUGAAAGGCAGGAAUGCUUGGUACCCCCGCCAGAUGGCUAUAAAUCGCCAAUCAGAUGGCCAAAGAGCAGAGAUGAAUGUUGGUAUAGGAAUGUUCCAUAUGAUUGGAUUAACAAACAAAAGUCCAAUCAACAUUGGCUUAAAAAAGAAGGGGAGAAGUUCCUCUUCCCUGGUGGUGGUACAAUGUUUCCCAACGGAGUCGGUAGCUAUGUUGAUUUGAUGCAAGAUUUGAUUCCGCAGAUGAAAGAUGGGACAAUCCGAACUGCCAUUGAUACCGGAUGUGGGGUUGCAAGCUGGGGAGGUGAUUUACUAGAUCGUGGAAUUUUAACAGUCUCUCUUGCCCCAAGGGACAAUCACCAGGCUCAGGUUCAGUUUGCUCUGGAACGUGGAAUUCCUGCAAUUCUGGGCAUCAUUUCUACACAGCGUCUUCCUUUCCCUUCAAAUUCUUUUGAUAUGGCUCAUUGCUCAAGAUGCCUAAUUCCAUGGACUGAAUUCGGUGGAGUUUACCUUCUUGAGAUACAUCGUAUACUCCGACCUGGCGGUUUCUGGGUCCUUUCUGGCCCUCCGGUGAACUAUCAACAUCGUUGGAGAGGAUGGAAUACCACCAUUGAGGAGCAAAAAUCGGAUUACGAUAAGUUGCAAGAGUUGCUAACUUCAAUGUGCUUCAAAUUAUUCAACAAGAAGGACGACAUUGCAGUGUGGCAGAAGUUGUCCGACAGUAACUGCUAUAAGAAGCUUGAUAAUCCCGACAACUAUCCAUCAAAAUGUGAUGAUGGUACUGAACCUGAUUCAGCAUGGUACACUCCUCUUCGGCCUUGUGUAGUUGUGCCAAAUCCAUCUGCUAAGAAACUCAAGUUGGACACUCUCGCCAAGUGGCCGGAAAGGUUGCAUGUUGCUCCGGAACGUGUUUCUGAUGUUCGUGGAGGUAGUGCUGGUGCCUUCAAACAUGACGAUGAUAAAUGGAAGGUUCGGGCGAAGCACUACAAGAAGUUGCUCCCCGCGAUUGGGACCGACAAGAUCAGAAAUGUAAUGGACAUGAACACCUUGUAUGGAGGUUUCGCUGCCGCUGUGAUUGAUGCUCCGGUGUGGGUCAUGAAUGUGGUUUCAUCUUACGCUCCAAAUACACUUCCGGUGGUCUACGAUAGGGGUCUUAUUGGAACAAUUCAUGACUGGUGUGAGGCUUUCUCAACAUAUCCUCGGACAUACGAUCUCCUUCAUCUUGAUGGCCUCUUCUCUGCUGAAAGUCAUAGGUGUGAAAUGAAGUAUGUGCUGCUGGAAAUGGACCGUAUUUUGCGACCCAACGGAUACACAAUAAUCCGAGAAUCCAGCUAUUUCGUAGAUGCUAUUGCUACUAUGGCUAAGGGAAUGAGAUGGAGCUGUCGUAAGGAAGAAACCGAAUACGGCUUAGAGAAGGAGAAGGUAUUGAUUUGCCAAAAGAAGCUCUGGUAUUCAAAGCAAAGUUCAUGAUAUGAGAACAGCAUAUGAUAAACAAUUGCUGAUAAAGUCUCUUUGGAGGGAAAAGUUAUAUAUUUUAAGAUACCAGCCCAUAGGAGAUAAGUAAGUCCACACAAGCUCACAUAUAUAUAUGUAUUUGUUCUAAAGAUCAUGAAAAUUUGAGAUUUUGAAUUGAUGUAUUAAUAGCCAAAUAACCAAUGCUAGUAGUUUAAUGGCUUUGUUAUGCAAUAUAUAUUCUUUGUAAGGCCCCUAAGUCUUCUCUUUUGCGCCAGCUGGCCCUCGGGGAUUUCUCAGUUAUUUAAAAAAAAAAAAAGGCACGCCGUCUUUGGUUGUAUUCUAUUUUUAUUUUAUUUUUCAAAACCCUCUUAGUGCUGGCUGUGAUGUAUGUAUUUGUUGAAAAGUGAAGACAUUGCAGCUAUUUAUGUACCUAAGUUAGAUUUGUUCCUU